AUGUUGCACCGCGGGAUACCUUUGCUUCUGUUUUGCCUGUUCUGGGGCCAUCCUUCUGCAUUCGCGGGAAAAGUCAACAAGCACAAGCCAUGGAUAGAGACAUCGUACCAUGGGGUGAUCACAGAAAACAUGGACACAGUUCUGCUCGACCCUCCGCUAGUGGCUCUGGACAAGGACGCUCCAGUCCCCUUCGCAGGGGAGAUUUGUGCCUUUAAAAUCUACGGUCAAGACGUGCCAUUUGAGGCAGUAGUUCUCAAUCAGACGUCUGGAGAAGGGGUCCUUCGAGCCAGUGGCCAAGUGGACUGUGAGCUCCAGAAAGAAUACACCUUCAUCAUCCAGGCCUAUGACUGCGGGGCAGGACCCGACGGGGCUGACUGGAAGAAGUCCCACAAAGCGGUGGUUCAUGUUCAAGUUGAUGAUGUGAAUGAGUUCAGUCCUAUGUUUCGAGAGCAGCAGUACAAAGCAUCAGUCACUGAAGGAAAGAUCUACGACAGCAUUUUACAGGUGGAGGCGUGGGACCAGGAUUGCUCCCCACAGUACAGUCAGAUCUGCAACUAUGAAAUUGUCACUGCUGGGACACCAUUUGCCAUUGACCGUAAUGGUAACAUCCGAAACACGGAACGCUUGAGCUACGACAAACAACAAAGCUACAAAAUUAUGGUGGCGGCCUUUGACUGCGGUCAGAAGAGAGCCAGCGAAGAUGUGGCGGUGCAUAUUGAUGUGAAACCAGUGUGUAAACCCGGAUGGCAAGGUUGGACCAGGCGAGUGGACUAUGAGCCAGGCACAGGGAGCAAGCAGCUGUUUCCCAAGAUGCACUUGGAAAUGUGUGGAGGCCCCCUGUCUAGUGUGAAAGCCACAAUGGAGCUGCAGACUAACCAUAUUGGAAAAGGCUGUGACCGCGAGACAUACUCCGAGAAGUCUCUGCAAAAACUGUGUGGUGCAGCAUCCGGCAGCACUGACCUUCUCCCUGCCCCCAGUCCCUCCUCGAACUGGACGGCUGCUCUGCUUACCGACAGUGGGCGGGACAGCGACCUCAUCUACAAGUUUGAUGGGCAUCAGGCCGCGAACAUCCCGGGUUACGUCGUACCCCAAAACCUGACAGACCAGUUCACCAUAGCAACCUGGAUGAAGCAUGGGCCCAGUCCCGGACUAAGAGCAGAGAAGGAGACUCUUCUGUGUAAUUCUGAUAAGACAGAAAUGAACCGACACCAUUAUUCGCUGUAUGUCCACAACUGCAGACUGGUUUUCCUUCUGCGGAGGGACUUCUCUGAGGUCGACACCUUCAAGCCAGCCGAAUUCCACUGGAAACUAGAACAGAUAUGUGACAAAGAAUGGCACUACUAUGUCAUCAAUGUGGAGUUCCCGGCUGUCACGCUGUUCGUGGACGGGGUGACGUUUGAACCUUACCUGGUGACAGACGACUGGCCCAUUCACGCUUCAAACAUCGACACGCAGCUGACAGUGGGCGCCUGCUGGCAAGGUGGAGAGGUAGCGACCCCACGCUUCACGCAGUAUUUCCAUGGCAGUCUGUCAGGGCUGACAAUCCGGCCGGGCCGCAUUGAGACGCAGAAGGUUAUCUCCUGUCUACAGGCCUGCAAAGAGGGCCUUGAUAUCAACUCCCUGGAAAGUCUGGCUAAGGACAUUAAGUUUCACUUUAAUCCUGCUCAGUCGGUGUUGGUGGUUGAAGGAGAGGAUUUGGACAGUAUCAACACAGCCAUGACCAAAGUGUCCUACAUCAACUCCAGACAGUUCCCCACUCCAGGCCUCCGGAAACUGCACAUCACCACCACUGUGCAGUGUUUUGGGGAAGACACUUGUCUGUCCAUCCCAGACGUGAAGGCUGUCGUCAUGGUGAUGACUCCCAGUGAACCGAGGAUCACCAUCGCUGGCUCCAACCGGCUGGUUCGCCCAGCCACUGACCUGCGAAGGCCGCUCGGUGUGGCACCCUUCAAAGAAAUCCACCUGACCAGCACCGUGAGCAGAGGGGCCGGACAGGACGGAAUGCACAGACCAGGUGUAACGGAGCUCAUGCAUAACCUGGACUACUGCGACGUGCUGCUAAUUGGUGACGAAUUAAACCCAGAAAGAGAAAGUCUGGAGAUUCAUCACAGCGCCUUAUUAGGAAAACACCUGGACGCCACCAACUCCACCUCCGGGAUAUCAAUAUAUGGGGUGGACUCCAUGGCGCACUAUGAGCAGGCGCUAAGACAGAUCCGCUACAAAAACUGGAGGCCAACGUCUAUGAGCGAAAGAAAGUUCCGAGUCACCUGCUCAGAGCUCAAUGGGCGAUACACCAGCAACGAGUUCAACCUGGAGAUGAGUCUGCUGCACCGCUCGGCCGCCCCGGUGGAGCACGUUAACCACAUGGCGGCGGCGUCCCAGUUUAUGAGACCAGCGCACCACCCUCUGAUGAUCCACUCUCUCAACACACACAUGACAGGGCCCGCGCCACCAGCCGCCACUGUAAUUAUAGUGGUGUGUAUCGCCGCCCUAGUGGUGAUUGUGGUCAUCGGCGUGUACAGAAUUCAUGCCACUCAUCAGGAGGGCAGCAGAGAGGACGAGGACGAGCCCAAAGUGAGUGACAGUGACUGGGACAACCCCGACCUGACCAUCACUGUCAACCCCAUGGAGAAUCUCAGUGCAGCCCAGGCAGUUGCUGAGGCAAAGGAGGAGAGUGAGGAGGAGGAUGAGGAGGAGGAGCGUGUGGAGGGACUGAUGUGCACUGAUACUGAUGAUGAGGACGAGGAGGACGAAGAGGAGAUGAGCCGGGUCACAAAAUUAGAGUGGGACAGUUGCUCUGGGACGUACUGA